AUGUCUCCUCACUCCACGGUGGUACCCAAUGAGGCAACUCUAGUCCCACAUUUCAAAGCAAAAGAAGCAAAAGAGGACUCUUCAACCAUCCAAUCCCUGAUCCAAACCCUCUCCAUGCUCCCUCACCCGGAAGGCGGCUUCUUCGUCGAGACCGACCGCGACUCUCGCCGCGUGCCAAAUCCCUUGGCGACGCAGGCAGCGAACAACGAUCCCUCGCUCUUCUCCACUUCAGGUGAAACCUCUUCAACUCGCAGCGCCAGCACAACGAUCCACUACCUCCUCACCCCGUCCUCACCCCUCGGCCACUUCCACCGCAAUCGCGCGAGGACCGUCCACACCCUGCAUAAAGGCCGAGGACGAUACGUGAUUAUCCACGCGGACGAGGAUGGCAGGUGGAACGGCAAGGCGAGGGUGGAGAGCUUUAUCGUUGGGCAAAAUGUCCAAGCUGGCGAACGCCUUCAGUGGAUCGUCGACGGUGGAAAGUACAAGUGCUCAUUCCUGCUCCCUGACAAAGAGGGAGGAGAGGACAGUGAAGAAGGCCUAUUGAUCAGCGAGACGGUCGUCCCGGGUUUUGAAUUCUGCGAUCAUGAUUUCCUAACGCGGGAGAGAAUGGAGGCUUUGGUAAGUGAGGAGCAGAGGGAGGAGAUGGGCUGGAUGUUGAGGAAAGGAUGA